AUGGACACCAGCACACAGAAUGCCUUGCAAGGCUGUGUCUCGUCGCUGCAGUCUAGCAUGCAACUGCUGGAGUCGAGCAUCAACAUCCUGGACUCCGGCGUGAACGAUUACCCAAGACUCGGCAAAGUGCUGCAAACGACAAGACACUUCGAACUCGUCUCCGAACACGACCUCAUCACAGCCCAAUCCUCCCUCCUCUCCGAGAUCCAGCCCGAAGUGUCAAAUCUGUUAUCCCGCGUGGAGACUUAUCUCGACAAGCUCGAACGACGAGAGAAGUCGCUCAUAGCCAAGGCAGAGCUGCAAGAGGGUCGACUACAGCAGCCUUCGCGGGCUAGUCAAGGUGCCAAAAGUCCCAGGAUGAAGGGUGGUGCGAGUGGACUGGACAAGCUGGAGGAGCUGAAGUACCAACAGCUCAAGCAGAAGAAGGAGCGGUUGAGCUAUGCUGUUGAGAGGCUGGAGCUGCAGGCCAAUCAGAGGCAGAGGCAGUUGAGGAAGAGUAUGGCUUUCCAGUGA